UAUUUGACAGUGACGUGUACAAAAAAAAUUAUUAAAUGGAACACCUGACAGAGGUGAAAAAGUAAAUAUCCAAAAUGUUAGAUUUAUUUACAAUUUUUAGCAAAGGCGGCAUCGUUUUGUGGUAUUUCCAAAGCACUAGCCAACUAUUCACCUCCUCGGUCAAUGCCCUAAUACAGAAUGUCAUUUUGCAGGAAAGACCUACAAAUACCUACGAGGACAACGGCCUUUUGCUGCAAUACAAAUUAGACAACGAAUUCGAUCUGGUUUUUAUAGUGGCCUAUCAGAAAAUCUUACAAUUAAGUUAUGUAGACAAGUUUUUAAACGACGUCCACUUGGAGUUUAGAGACAAAUACAAAAAUGACCUGGCAGACAAAAGGUAUUUUCAACAAUUCGACUUUUCGCAAACCUUUAAAGCCGUACUACAAAGAGCGGAGGAAUGGGGCAAGACUCAAGCGAAACUUCCUAAGCAAAUGAAAACUUUUGAUGAAUCUGUAAAGUCUAAAAAAACCGUAGCCUCUAUGAUUGAAAGAAAAGGCGAAGAAAAACCUAUUAAAAAGGAAAAGAAGAAAGGAGUCGUGUUUUCAGAAAACGAAUGUAUUGAUAUUGAAUCUUCAUCCCCAAAACCCCAAAAUGGUAGUGCAGAAGAGGACAUCAUAACUGCAAAUAGGCUUAAAUUUGCUGCAAAGAUGAGUCAAAAGAAAAAGGGAGAUGUCAAAAAAAGUCCUAAAAGUCCUACAAGUGCCACUAGCCCUACUCAACAGAAAAAGGGCAAAGCGGCUAGGAUUUGGGAAUUGUCAGGCACUAACAAAGAUGUACAGAAUUUGGAGAGGACAGUGGACAGACCUGAGGAUGCUAAGAGUCACUUUACACCUGAUACUGAAAUUGUAGGACAAAUGAAAGGUGUCAUCAAAGAUUUGGAAGUCGAAUCUUCAGACGAAGAAUAUGACGACGAAGAUGAAGAAGAAGAAAUCAUACUAAAACAAGACACUAAAAAAUCAUCCAAAGGAGGCAUGUUUUCCAUUUUCAAAGGGCUUGUAGGCUCUAAAAAUCUGACGAUAUCCGACAUGAAACCCGCUCUAGAAAAAAUGCGCGACCAUCUGAUAACUAAAAACGUCGCUUCGGAUAUAGCCAUCAAAUUGUGCGACUCUGUGGCGGUUAAAUUGGAGGGUAAAGUUUUGGGCACUUUUGAUUCAGUGGCUACUAUAGUGAAAAAUACCAUCACUGAUUCUUUAGUGCAAAUUUUGAGUCCCAACAGGAGGGUGGAUAUUUUGAGGGACUGUUUGGAGGCCAAGAAACAUGGAAGGCCUUAUGUAAUGGCAUUUUGUGGGGUCAAUGGUGUUGGAAAAUCUACAAAUUUAUCUAAAAUUUGUUUUUGGCUGAUUGAAAAUAAUUUACAAGUGCUUAUAGCUGCUUGUGAUACUUUCAGAGCUGGUGCUGUAGAGCAACUUCGUACCCAUAUGAGACACUUAAACGCUCUACACCCACCUGAAAGACAUGGAGGAAAACAAAUGGUGGAUCUCUAUGAAAAAGGCUAUGGAAAAGAUGCAGCAGGUAUAGGAUCUGAAGCAAUAAAAUUCGCCAGAGACAAUAAAAUCGAUGUGGUUUUAAUUGACACAGCUGGCAGAAUGCAAGACAAUGAGCCCUUAAUGAGGGCUCUAACUAAACUCAUUAAAGUCAAUGAACCAGAUUUGGUUCUGUUUGUUGGAGAAGCUCUGGUCGGUAACGAGGCCGUAGACCAAUUAGUAAAAUUCAACCAGGCCCUGGCUGAUUAUUCUUCUACUACAAAUCCGCAUUUGAUUGAUGGAAUUGUUUUGACUAAGUUUGAUACUAUUGAUGAUAAAGUUGGAGCAGCAAUAUCGAUGACUUAUAUUACAGGACAGCCAAUUGUUUUUGUGGGCACCGGUCAAACUUAUACAGAUUUGAAAGCCUUAAAUGUAAAAGCCGUGGUCCAUUCCUUGAUGAAAUAAAUGUGAAAAGUUUUUCUGUGGUAUUUUGACCAUGUUUAUUGGUCAAAAAUAGUACACAGGGCCCUGUCUUACUGUAUCGUGUAAAAAACCGAAAUAUCUUUUUAUUAGGUGUACUUUUUUUUUUUUGUAGAGUUAUUAUUUACAUGAAGGUGUUUGUUUUUUUAUUAUAUUUAUGUUUUCCAUUCCUUUUUUCUACAAUUAUUGUUAAUGUUUAAUUAAAUAUACAAGUACCAAAAAU